GUGUCUCUUCUCAGUACCCGUCGGCUAAAUUAAACCGAGUGAAGCACAUCAACAACAAGGUUGUUGUUGUUGUUCUUUUAUUUCUCUACGCAACACAUCGUUUCUCCAGGAACCGACACUGUUCGUCGCUAUAACCUAAAAAACAAGACAUUGAUAAAACAACAUUCAACAUGUUCAAAUUGUGAGCAGUCUCUCUCGGAGUCCAGAGACCCUGGGUUCGAACCUGGAGCUUGCAUAUUAAGACCAGCAUGAAUGUGGGUGUGGCACACAGCGAGGUGAACCCAAACACCCGAGUCAUGAACAGUCGAGGCAUCUGGCUGACCUACGCACUCGGCGUGGGAAUCCUUCACAUUGUGCUCCUGAGCAUACCGUUCUUCAGCGUGCCUCUGGUGUGGACACUCACCAACGUCAUACACAAUUUGGGAAUGUACGUGUUUAUGCACGCGGUGAAAGGGACACCUUUCGAGACCCCGGAUCAAGGAAAGGCCAGACUUCUCACACAUUGGGAGCAGCUCGAUUACGGCGUUCAGUUCACGUCUUCGAGAAAGUUCUUUACCAUUUCCCCCAUCAUCUUGUAUUUCUUGGCGAGUUUCUACACUAAAUAUGACGUGACGCACUUCAUCAUAAACACUGCCUCACUUCUAAGCGUGCUCAUCCCCAAACUCCCGCAACUGCAUGGUGUGAGAAUCUUUGGGAUUAACAAGUACUAAAUACUUCUCUACACUACCUGUACUCAGUUCUUGUGUAUUCUGCAAUGUGAAAUACACUAUAUGGUUCAAUUAGUGUCAUUGAAAUCAGUGAGAUAAUUUUUUUAAAAUGAUGGAACAUUUUUAAGACUGGAUGUGAAUUUCUAGCGUGUGUGAAUGUUGAAUCCUGUUAUAUUGCAGGUCAAAUCGAACUAUUUUGAAGUUAAAAAAAAGGAAAAAAAAUCACAUGGGGAAAAAAACAAAAAUAGAUGUUUCUUUUCACUGAUUUUUUUUUAACCUCAAAGUUUUCUGGAUAAUUGAGCAUCCACUAAUCAACAUAAAAAACACAUUUUAUUUCACAUCACUGCAAGUUGAGUGAAUAAUGAGAUUUUUUUUUUUUUUUUGAAAAAAGUUUGCAUGACGGACACUUUUCUGACUAAACAUUCCCUAGGUCAAAUUGGCCCAGAAACAUUCUUCCUCUGGCCAAAAUUGAUCCACACAUACAUAUUCUGACACUUUUCUGCAUAAUUAAUCAUGCCGGGGGUCAGAAUGACCCACCAAUGUCAUUGCAGUUCCUGCAAAAUUAUGUAAUGUUCUAAAGUGUCACAAAAUCAAUAAGGUUAAUCUAAUUAAUCAACAAAUACAUAUUUCUGGAUAAUGAAAAGUUCCCUGAUUAAAAGUGACCUAGGAGAACUGUUGCUGUACAUAACAGAAGGUUGAGUGAUGCGUUUUCAGUCUGGUGGGACCCGGGCUGGCCCAGGUAUCAGUGAGGCUUUUGGUUGUUUUUGUUCUUUAUUAUCUGACUUGAAUUUACAGUGACACUAAUGGCUAUGAUGUUUUUGUUUUUAGCCAGACUAAUGCCCCAAAUGUAUUUUUCGGCAAACAAAUGUUUACUCCUGAGGAGCCUCAAGGACUUCCUAAACUUCCAAAAGUAAUUGAAUGAACUCCUCCCUUAUUUACAAUAUAAAUGUAUCUAUAUUCUAUGAAUACUUAAAGUCAAUCGCCGCAGGUGUUUUGACCAUUUGUUUUGUGAAUAUUAAGUCUUCUUAGUGGUGUAAAAAUGUUCUUCUGGAUGUGAACAAUGUCUGUUAUUGAUUGAGGAAAGUCAAACGUAUUCCAGUUCGUUGUUUUUGCCCCUCCGUGGGAUCCAACUGUCAUGAUUAUUUCACGUUUGGCUCCUUUUUUUUAAUUUAUUUUUGUCCAUCUGAAUUAAUUAAAAG